CACAUUCUUUUAUCAUCCAAAACCUUAAGCUCUAAUAUCAUUUUCUCUUAAGUCAUCCUUUAAUUACUUAUAAUCUUGAUAUAAUAAUAUCAUCAUCACAAAAGCUAGUAAUGGGUGUCUCUACCUACACCGUUGUCGACGAAGCCAGCUCGGUCGCCCCAGCUCGGUUGUUCAAGGCUUUGUGCCUUGACAACCACAAUGUUUUCCCCACGGUUACACCCCAAGUCAUCAAAAGUAUUGAUUUUGUAGAGGGUGACUCUACUGUUGUUGGAUGUGUCAAGCAAUUUAACUUUGCCGAAGGGGUUCCCUACAAAUACUUGAAAAGCAAGGUGGACGAGCUUGAUGUGGAAAAUUACUACGUCAAGUACACGACUUUCGAGGGCGAUGUUCUUGGGGAUGUAUUAGAUUGUGUUGUUUACGAAGCCAAAAUCGAACCAAAUGGUUCAGGAAGUCACUACAAAUUGACUGCUCAUUUUCACGCAAAAGGAGAUGCUGUUCUUAGCAAGGAUGAUGCUGAAACUGGUCUUCAAAGCAUGCAAAUGUCCUACAAAGCCAUCGAAGAGUAUCUUUGCAACAACCCUCAAGCUUGUACUUAAACAUACAUAUUACUCGACCAAUUUCUAACUAUUUCCUCUUUGAAUAAUGUGUGAGACGAAUGAUAUUUGUAUUUGCAUUGUAAUUUUAUCUUUUGUUGUGCUUAAUAUAAUAAAGGUGUGUACCAAUGGUUUGUUGACUUUGAAAUGAUGUAAUAAAAACACAAUUGUUUGAGUUAAAGAUUGUUGAUUGCUCCAA